GUACACUAAUUAAAGGAGGAGGAGCUUAGGAGGGCUAGAAUUAAAAUGGAGAGAGUUUAUGGAGGUCCUGAUUUACUGGAUAUAGUGCACCAGAGCGCGAGAAAAGGGACACUGUUGUCGUCUUGUAACAGCGAAGUGAAGGAGUUGAUGCACCAGAUUGAUGUGUUACUGACGAAGAAUCUUGAAGACGCUCAGAAAGAGAAGGAAUUACUAAAAGAACAACUUCAAACAAGAGAAAAGGAGAUAACAUCAUUAAGAGUACACCUCAAGGAAAAGACCACACAAAUCAAGAGGCUUCAAGAUGAGUUGGUUAAAUGUGACAGACAGUUGAAAGUGAAGACCAGUGACCUUGAGACCCAACUACUGAGACUAAGAACUGAAUUAAAUCGUUUAAAUAAAUCAUACGAGAAACUAAAAGCCACCAAAACAAAGACACAAAUAAUGGAUGAAAGAACACAAACUAUACAAUGUUUAGAAGAGAAGGUACUCUCUUAUGAAGAAGAGAUUGAGUCAUUAACUAAUGACAAUUAG